GGCAUAGCUUGCACUGUUCUGUGGCCGAUCAGACUGAGCUGCUGAAGAAAUCCUAUUUGGCCUCUCGCGAAACCUCAGAGCGUCCUUCUGAAUUAAGCUCUGCAACACAUACGAACAAGCAUAUAUAACGCAAAGUGACUUCUAGAAGAGAGUUUGGGGCCUCAGGUUUAAGCAGUCCCCGCGCUUCACCCGCAAGUCACGGACCAGACUCUCACGGAGCUUCACUCGCGCGCGAAGUUGCCUCCAACUGCCCUGGGCCCGAGCUUGAGGGCUUGAGGAGAUUCGAAAGCCGCGUUCACUUGAGGGCCUGGCGCCUGGACACUGGCGCGUGUGGGAGGCGCAAAGGAGCUGUGUGCAUAACGUCACUGCAGCGGAGGGCCUAACGUCAUCCGUGGUCUCACCAUGAGUGAAGACGGCGAGAAGGUGUGGCUGUAUGUGUACGACCUCACCAACGGCAUGGCGGCCACGUUCUCGCCCAUGCUGCUGGGCCGCCAGAUUGAGGCGCUGUACCACACGGGGGUGGUGGUGGGCGGCGUGGAGUACUUCUUCGGCGGCGGCGUGCAGCGCUGCAUAGCGGGCCAGACGCCCUUCGGCAACCCCCUGAAGCGCGUGGAGCUGGGCGUCACCCACAUCCCCAAGGACCUGCGCGAGGAGCUGCUAGCGGACCUGUCGCAGCGCUUCCGGCCACAGGACUACAACCUCAUCAGCAAGAACUGCAAUCACUUCAGCAGCGCGUUUGUAGAGCUGCUCACAGGCAGCCCCGUGCCGGGCGAGUACGUGAAUCAGGCGCAGAGCAUCCUCUCCUCGCCGCUGGGCCAAAUGCUGCUACCCAUCAUGGAGCAGAUGGAGCAACGCUACGGCAAUGUCACAGCCGCGGGCUUCCAGCAGCAGCAACCAGGCCGGUAGUGUUAUGUGGCAGACCAGUAGUAGGAGCAGACCGGUGUCCCGGGUGUGGUGAUGUUCCUGGUGGCGGAGCGCCAGCGCAAGAAGCGGCACGCUUGCCGAGAGAACAUGCCGUGUGGCACAGGGGGCCGCAGCGUCGGCAUCGACGUUCAGGGCAAUGCACUGGAUGAGAAUGAACGAGUCAGAGGCGAGUAAUACAUGACGUUGUGCAGAGCUUGGAGCCACCUAUAUUGGUGACCUGUGUCAGUCGUAGCCAAGACUUUGGGAGAGGCCGGCGACCGACGGGGGCCCAAGAAGUUGCACCCGAAACACGCGCGUGUGUGUGUGUAACAUCGCAGCUCG